AGUCAAGGUCGCUUCUUAACAACUCGUCUCAUACUCUGAAUCUGAAUCUUCCUGUGAACUCAAAUCCCCAGUUUAGUCUUUGCAGAUCUUCUCUUCUUCACCAAGAAAAUGUCUUCUGGAUGCAACUGUGGCUCUAGCUGCUCGUGCGGCAGCGACUGCAAAUGUGGCAAGUACUCUGACCCGUCUUUCUCGGAGAUGAACACCACCGAGACCCUCAUCGUUGGGGUUGCUCCUGUGAAGAUGUUCUCUGAGGGAUCUGAGAUGAACCAUGGAGCUGAGAACUGCGGUUGCGGAGCCAACUGCUCCUGCAACCCCUGCAAAUGUGGGAAGUGAAAUAUGAACAUACCCGGAUAAAGCAGCUAUAGUUUAUGUUAUGUUAUGUUAUGUUAUUUAAAUAAGGAGAAACCCCUUAGGUCUUUGAUGUAAAUAAGAAAGCCAAAGGCUACAUCAAAUAUAUCCUUUGUUGGAUAUGUUUUGUUGUAGCUCAUUGGCUAUAGUCUGUGUCUUUGUAAGGUUUGUGUUAUCGCUGCUUUUAACAUGGGAGUUCAAUGUAUUUGUGAAAGGAAUUGGUGAAUUCUGUGAAAUCAAUGAGUAACUUAUAGUUUAAUACA